AUGCCAUGCACCGAACGAGAGGCAUGGGAAAUACAGGCCAAUGUUGAUGCCAUGCGCAACGAAGCAAAUAUCUAUCUCAUCCUCGGACAACAUCCUCGAAUCGCCGAAUGCCAAUACAUUAGUCAUGGGAAGGAUUCGAUCAUUCUCAAAUGCUACCCUCAUGGCAACCUUAGAGCCCACCUCGCAAAGACACAAAACGUCACACCAGCAGAUCUGAAGAGAUGGGCGCGACAGAUGGUAGAAGGAGUCGCAGAGAUUCACCGUAACGGCAUUCGGCAAUCAGAUCUUAGACUCGACCAGUGGCUACUUGACGAAAAGCUCGACGCUCGUCUAUGCGAUUUUAACGCUUCUGGUUACGAUGCGAACGAGCGACCAAGUCUAGCAGGUAGCAAGAGUCUUGGUCUUGAAUCGUAUAGCCACUUCAUGCCGCGUGAUCCACAGAGCAACAGCACUGUGCUUUCGGAUCUCUUCGCACUGGGUUCAUCGCUGUACGAGUUGGAAGUCGGCAANACCCCCUUUGCAGAACUCGAGGGCGAGAUAAUCACUGAGCACUUUGAAGCAGGAAGACACCCGGAAGUAGAUGCUCUGUGCUUUGGCGCUCUCAUCAGAGGAUGCUGGAAGGGUCAAUUUGGAACGGCUAUUGAUUUGCUCGAGGCUAGUGUAAAAAGCUGCAAGCUCUGGAGUACGAUGCUGGUUGUGGAAGAGCGGUGGACGGCAGUCUUACAGCUUCAUGGUGCUCGUGGCAUGAUGUUGAUUUUGAGGUGGACGUGGAGAUCGCGAGAUUAG